GGAAACGAAUCUACACAAUUGUAGCUUUUGUUUUCGAUUUAAGAGAGCAGAGCAAUUUCACCUGCAACUAAAACAGACAUAGAUAUGAGUGACUUUCCUGUAAACCCUCUGGUUAUGAUUGGUGUGGGGUCCAGCUUCGCCUUUUCUGGCCUCUUCUAUCAUUUAUACCAAGAAAAGAAGAAAGAGUUGAAAAAGCUGAAGGAGAUACCUAUUUUCAAGCCGGAUCGUCACUUGGUCAAAGUACUGAGAGCAUCUCCCCACAAGAGGCUUCAGUAUGUUGCUGUAGAAGGUCUGGUCCAGGCAGAUGGGGAGCCUCUGGCCAGCCAGUUCGUCCCACGAUGCUUUGGUGUUGUUCAGAAGGUAGCAGCUGAGGAACACUGGAAAUACUGGAACACCUUCACCAGGACAUGGAAUUCUCGGACGUUGAACAAAAAAGAAACCAAAAACUCUGUGCCCUUCAGCCUGGUCAGCCCUGGGGUCUACAUCUCUGACUUGUAUGUGAAGGUGCAGAACCCUCUGGAGGCCUCUGGGUCCUACAUGGAGAGGGUUUACCACCGAGUGAGACGUGCUGAGGAGGGCUUGGUGAACGUGAUGCUGCAGGGCCUGAACGGGGAGAAACCUGUGGCGAUGGAGGAAAGCGAGGAGCUGCUUCGGGUUGGCAGCACCCUGACUGGGUUUGGGGAGGUGGUGCUGGAGGGAGGCCAGGUGAUGAGGCUGCAGGCCCCUCAGGAUGGCCGCGAGUACGUCCUGGUGCCCACUGACUACAGGAGCUUCAUAGACAGGCAUGAGAGUUCAGCAAGCAUGUGGAAGACGCUGACUGCAGUGACCGGCAUCACUGGAGCUUCUCUUCUAGCUGGAGUCAUUUACAACCUGAUGGGAAAAAAGAACGACAGAUCACAGUAGACCUGAAGAGGUGGAUCCUGCAGGUUUAACGGCUUCAAAGGCUGUCGUGCAGCCUUUUGGGUGUCUCAGUACUCCCUCAGGUGUUUUAUCUACAGACUCCAUAUUGCAGUCUGGAUCUUAAGAGGAAUCAGUUGCAUGUCUCGACUGUUUCACUGCUGACAGGUAUUUAUGUUAUGUUGCAAGAUGUCGCAAUGCCUUAAAUGACCACUUCAAAUUAACCACUAUCUUUUAAAGCAGUGGUUCUCAACCUUUUGGGUUUUAAGGACCCAAAUUGAUCGGGCUGUGGACCCAUAUAUGAUAGGAUGUAGUCUCUUGGAUCCACAUUGAUCAGAUUUAGUUAUUCCAUUACUAUACAGUCUAUACUGUAGACCGACAGAUUAACCGUGAAAAGUAUAAAACCAAUUAACACAAUAGUCAAUAUAAUACAUUCUCUCAUUGGGCUAAAUUCUAAUCAAUAAGAUAAUAUUGAAAUUAAAACAUUCCCCAUUUUUCUGGGGACCCUCUACAACCCUUGAAGGACCUAAGAGAGAGAACUGCUACUUUAUAGAAACAACCUAGGUUAAAAAAGUUAUUUUGCUAAGUGUGCAAAAACCACGACUUCCCCAUAAAACGCACAUAUUCAGCAGCUCACUCCUACUUACAGCAAGUAUAUUAAACAACUCUUUGGCGAUUGCAUGUAUGUUCAAUUAGAUGAUUUAUACAUACAGCAUAUAUAUACAUCUGCCAUAUUGUUACUUGUUAAAAAAGUUUUCUUAUUGAUAUUAUUCUGCAAAAACGUGAUUUUUGUGGGGGUUUUUAAAGUGGAUUUUACUUGUGUGAAAUCCUUAACAUCUCAAGAAAUCUAGAAAGAAAAACUACCUACCUAUAAUAACAGUAUAUAAAAGGUGACUGUAGGUGAAGAUGCUGAUCAUGACCAACAACGUCCUGUUCAAAUUUGAAUGAAUCUCUCUCCCUCAUUUCCUGUCACCUCUUCACUAUGGGUUAGGGUUAGAUAAAUAGAACAAAACAAAAUAAAUAAGGAUGAAAUGUUCAAAUGAACUACCCCGUCCUGAUUAUACUAUAUAUUACGUACAUUAUCAUUUUAUCUUAACCAAUGAUAUUUAGUACAGUCACUUUCACAUCCGUCUCACAGAUGUGUGCUCAGCUGCUUCUGUACUGUAGUCAUCUAAUCUACUCUUCAACUUUAAAGCUUCUAUUCAUAAGUUGGAGUGAAAGUGAAAGAUUCAACUCAAGCUGUAACAAAUGGAAAUAAGGUUAAAACUUGACUGUAGCCUCUAAGCUGUGAUUUAUUAUGUCUAUUAUUGUUUCUUCAUUCACUGGGCAUAAAUGUUCUAACUGACAUGUGAUGGAAUCAUGGGAACAUUAUAUUUUUGUAAUGAAACUGGAUUUUUAUCAUUUUAACACUGUUAAAAUCCAAGCUUUUUAUUUUAUUUUUCUUGUAAGAUUUCAUGAUUGUCUGAAGCUUCCAGAUGUUUUCAUAAGAUGGUAUGAAAAUCAAAUUUAAAUUGAUUUGGACUGAAUCAAUUUAGCUUAUCAUCUUCUACCUCUUAGAUCAUUAGUUACUGUAUAGCUUUAUGAGGAACAGUUAAAAAAACAGUGCUGUGCACAAUAUUUGUAAAGGUGGUGGUUUUAGUCUCACAUGUUCUUAA